AUGAUUAGGGUUGUUGUUCAAAUACUGUGUAGCUAUGUAACUCUCCCUCUCUAUGCUCUUGUUACACAGUUAGGGACAAACAUGAAAACAACCAUAUUUGAUGAAAGAAUAGCUACAGCUUUGAAGAAGUGGCACCAGAGAGCUAAGAAGAACCUUAGACAAAAAGGGCAUGGAGAUCUAUCAAGCAGGGGAACCACUCCAACUAAAGGAUCUUCUCCACUCAAUCUUCUUCACAAGUACAUAAGUGCAGGCGACAUAGAAAUUGCCCAAAGUUUAGAACAAUCUGAAUAUGAUGUUGAACAGGAUGCACCCUCUCCUUCUUACCAUUCUCACCACAAUCCUGACAGUUCAAAGGAAGACAUGCAUGGGGACACACAAGAUUUUGAAAUAAAUGGGCCUGACUUCACCUUUGCUCAUUUACAAAAGGAAAAUAUAAAAGGUAUUAUCCCUACUUCUUACAUGGAGACUCAUCCAAGCAAGGAGGACAGUUAG